GCAGAUGUCAUUUUACGCACGUCUGAUAACGUGGAUUUUCGCGUCUACAAACUGAUCUUGUCGCUCGCCUCCCCAUUUUUCUCUGAUAUGUUCACACUGCCCCAAGCAAUGGAUGCGAACGUUGGGCAGCCGGUACCACCUGUCAUCAACAUGGCGGAAGAUAGCGCCACCAUAGACUGUCUUCUC